CUAAAAAUCCAAAGACGUCCAGUGCUCUGAAGUAAGGACUCUGUGCAUCAAGCUGGUUAGCACUGCUAGCUAGCUCACGUCGAAAACAGUUAUUUGGCUAGCAAGAUUAGCCUUCUAACCGCUUAAACUGAUCUGUCUCUGCUGCCACAGUUGGGCUAACCAGCGAAAUUCAGGAUUCUUUCAGACUCCUGCUGCAGAGGAACAAUGUUUUUUUACUGACAUCAUCAUUAGUAACUGUACAUCAUGAACAGCGAGGAGGAGUUUUAUGAUGCGGAGACAGGUUUAGAAUCUGAUGACUCCUGUGAGGUCAGCUUUAAAGAUGCCCUUGUGUCUGAUGCCAAACGGACAUCAAAUGGACAUGUAGCUACAGAGAAUGGGGUGUCAAAGCGAAGAACAACACUACCUGCUCCGAUGUUUUCCAGACAUGAAUUCAGUAUUUGGGGCUUUCUGAAGAAAUGCAUUGGCAUGGAGCUGUCCAAGAUAACCAUGCCAGUUGUUUUUAACGAGCCACUGAGCUUUCUCCAGAGACUUACAGAAUAUAUGGAACAUGCAUACCUCAUCCAUAAAGCCUGCACAGUAUCUGAUUCAAUAGAGCGAAUGCAGCUUGUUGCUGCAUUUGCUGUGUCUGCUGUUGCCUCACAAUGGGACAGAACUGGAAAACCUUUUAACCCCUUGCUAGGAGAGACCUAUGAACUCAUAAGGGAGGAUGAGGGUUACCGGCUAAUCUCAGAGCAGGUUAGCCACCAUCCACCGAUCAGUGCUUUUCAUGCUGAGUCUCUAAACCAAGACUUUUCCUUUCAUGGCUCGAUUUAUCCUAAACUGAAGUUCUGGGGCAAGAGUGUUGAGGCAGAACCCAAAGGAACUAUGACACUAGAACUGUCUAAGCACAAUGAGGCUUACACUUGGAUGAACCCCAUGUGCUGUGUGCACAAUGUUAUCCUGGGCCAGCUGUGGAUUGAGCAGUAUGGAACAGUGGAGAUAGUGAACCACAGCACUGGGGACAAGUGUGUGCUGAAUUUUAAGCCAUGUGGCAUGUUUGGCAAAGAACUGCACCGGGUAGAAGGUCAUAUCCAGGAUAAAAGUAAGAAGAAGCACCACAUUAUCUAUGGCAAGUGGACUGAGUGCUUGUACACUAUAGAGCCAAAGGUUUACGAAGCAAACAAGAAGGCAGAAAAGAAGAGUGGGGACUCCAAAGAACACAAGCAGGAACUGAAUACCGGUGGUGGUGCUGAUGAUGCUGAUGUUAUGCCAGAUAUUCAGGAGACAGUCACCAUGAUCCCAGGCAGUACAUUACUGUGGAGGAUAACUCCACGACCAGCACACUCAUCACAGAUGUAUAAUUUCACCAGCUUUACCAUGACUCUUAAUGAGCUGGAACCAGGUAUGGAGGGAGUCAUAGCCCCUACAGAUUGUCGCCUGCGACCAGACAUCAGAGCAAUGGAAAAUGGAGACAUAGAAACUGCAAGUCAAGAGAAGGAACGGCUGGAGGAGAAGCAAAGAGCUGCACGGAAGGAACGUGCCAAAGAUGAAGAAGAAUGGUCUACCAGAUGGUUCAAUCAAGGCACCAAUCCUUAUACAGGAACAUCAGACUGGAUCUUUACAGGUGGUUACUUUGACAGAAAUUACUCGGACCUCCACAACAUCUACUGAUUGCCUGGAAAAUGAGAAGGAUUUGCUAUACCUCUGGUCUCUGCAUCAACAAUUUGUAUCUGUGUCACAAUAAGCUUUUUAUUGUACCUGUGAGGUACAGGUAAAUUGUUUACUGGACUGAGUAACAAAGCCCCCAUUAUAACCGAUAUAUUUACAAUUAAAUCUGUAAUUCGGCUCUCAGUAUGACCGAAUGUAUUUAUUUUUUAAGGUAGGAAAUGCACAUCUUUUUCAUGUAAGAUCUCUUGUGGAAGAUACUGUGUAGGCCUCAGUUCAUGUCUAAUAAUUAUAAAUGUUUAUGCACAAAGUGUAAUCCAGAUAAUCUAUCAUGCUAAUUAUACUCAGGUGUUUUAUGGUUACAGUGUGUAUGUGAUGGCUGGGCUGCUCUAACAGAAGAAAUAUUUUAUAUAACUUAUGGGAGGCAUGUCAUAUAUGAGAGGCUUUUUAGGCAAAUAUUUUAUCAAUAUAUUAAAAACCUUACCUAGAAAUGUGACUUUUUUUUUUUAAACAUUCAGAUAUCCAGUAAAUUAUUCUUAUUAGUAGAUAAUACGUUUAUUAUUUUCAGAUGUAUCACGUCUGAGAGGGCUUUUCAGUGUAGGUUUUCAUUAAUCUAUGUUGAUACUAAACAUUGUACUAAAGGUUGCAUGCUCAUUCCUCACAUGCAUGUUCAACAAUGAAUAAAAUCUGGUUGAUUAUUUUUUGACUAAGCAAAUAUGAAAGCUGCUAAUAACAAUGUUUACUUUGUAAAUUAGGAGUUUUAAUAGUAUAGUAGUUAAUUAACACAUUAACAACAGAGAAGCCUAUUGCAGCAUUACAUUUACAUUUUGAGUUAUGGUUGCCAAAGUGACACUUUUGCGUGGAAACUAAAGCCAUAGAACUCAUCAGGACUGCAUGUGUGUUUAUAGUAGAACACACGAAUGCACAGGCUUUUAUGAAGAUGGGUGCUAAUAUAUUUGUUUUUAGCACUAGUGGCUAAUGAAUGCUUCACCUCAACUUGCAUACAAAUGUAAUAUUCUAUUAAAGAUGUUUUAAAUGUGUGUUUACUGGACAGUCUAUAAGUACAAGUGCUUUAGUGCUGCUUGCCAUAGUCUGAACAGAACAUUUUAAUUUCUGUGACUAACGUUUAUUAUAAAGUUUGUAAGCCUAAAAUACAUGUAGUCAAGACAAACAGAAAUAGAGCACUACCAAAUAAACUCAGUGGAUUUUAAAAGGUAAUGAGUUCAUGUUAUAAUAAACAAGAUGCUGUGUGUUUCCCCCUCACACAUAAAUAAACUAUGCAAACGUGUAUCAGAAUGUCUUUAAGCUACACAUUUUAGAAGAAAUGUCAAAGAAAUUAUUUGUAAGACUUUGUCAUUAGCUUUUUGCGUUGGUUUUGAUCAUCUUCAUAUACACUAUAUAUAGUGUAUAUGAAGAUGCUAGUGUGUGGCUAUGACAAAUAAAAGGAAAGCUCUUUGAAUGCGGUGCAUGUUUGCCUUAACAUGAGAGAAGUACAGAACAUCAGUUUAGUCAGUAUAUUUUGGUUAUACGCCUCAGUUUAAUUAUUACUUAGUUUUAUUCCAUUAAAUUAAAGUGUUGUUUUUUUUAAUAAAGUUCUAUAUUUACUUCAACAAAAAGUUGCUGAGUAACAAAGCCCUCUGAAAUAAUGUUGAGGAUGUUCUUCUGUAUGUUAUUACUGUUAAUGUGAUAUAUGAGGGAAACCUUUGUCAGAUCCCACAUCCCAAAUCUACCAAAUCAGACCUAAUUGACAUAAAUUUAUUAACAAUAUUAUACAACUGUGGUAUUUUAAAAGGAAAAUAUUAACUGUGAUAUGAAUGUUUAGCAUCAAAACUUGUGUGUCACUGAUCAUGGACAUGCCAUAUUACAUUAGCCUAUGGUAGUAGCGCUUACUAUUGUAUAGAGCACAUUAAUUGUCACUAUUCACAUAGGCUGUCUAGUCUGAUGUAAACCUCUUCAUGUAUAAACAAGCAAUAUUAAUUGUUAAAUAGCUAACCAUGAUUAAACAAUUUAAUUGACA